CCACUAUCUCCCAGCGCAGAGAGGCUUGUAAGCCGAAGCCCUCAACAGCCUCUCUGGUUUUCCUGCGAUUCGCCAUCAUAUCAUGGGAUAGUGGUGGAGUUUUUUUCCCCAUCAGGUGUUGUUGCUCGAAUUUGGAAUAUGGCUGUGAAGCUCUGUGUACACUUUUCCUCUCUCCUGCGGGGAUUACCACAGGAAUAGUGUGUGUGCAUGUGCUUCUGUGUGUGCGUGUGUGCUCAGCACUAUGCCUAUUUCUGAUGGUGUUGAAUGGACCGGCAGAAGUGCAUCACCAUGAGAGGGAGUCACCAUCACGGAGGGUGUGGGUGUCAGCACCUGUUUAGAAAACUACUCAGCAAAUGUGGCUGCUGCUUUGUCAAAGCCAGAGCAGAGUCGUACUCUGUGGCAGGCAGUGAUGGCAGUAUCACUCCCUCAGUGGGCUCUGUGCCUAACCAGGCCUCAGGCGGCUCCAGCCCCUGCUCGCGCUCCUCGUCUGGAGGCUCACGGCACCCUGUCACCACUCUGAAGAAAUGGCUCACCAAUCCCGUCCGCAAGCUGAGCUCUGAUGCCAGAAGUGGAACGGGGAAAGGCGAGAAGCAGAUGUUUGGGUCAGAUGGGAGGCAACCAACGCUGAUCCUUUCCCACAGUGAAGCUCAGCAAAGGCCUAUGGAAAUACAGAAUAACUACACCAUCCUUACCUCUGGAGACACAGAGUGGAAAGAUGGCCUGCUGAAUCCAGCAGCUCAUUCUCCUUUACGUCCAGCUUCUCCGAGCUACUUAUCGGACCUCCUGCAAGGCAGAGACGCACAGAGUCUGAGUCAAAGCAUCAACACUCUGCAACGGGAGGACAGCUGUACUGUAACCGAUGACUCAACCAGCCAGUGUUCUGGUACAGUGGACAGUGAAGAAGACAGAAACAUCGCUUUAGAGAAGAGCAUAUACGUGUUAACAGAACUGAUAGAGACAGAAAGGCUGUAUGUUGAAGAUCUUGGACUUAUAGUGCAGGGUUAUAUGGCCACCAUGGGUAAUCAGGGUGUUCCUGAGGACUUGAGAGGAAAGGACAGGAUUGUGUUUGGAAAUAUCCACCAGAUCUAUGACUGGCAUAAGGAUUAUUUCCUGGGAGAGCUGGAGAAAUGUGUGGGUGAUCCAGACAGCCUGGCCCGGCUCUUCAUCAAACAUGAGCGGCGUCUUCACAUGUAUGUGGUUUACUGUCAGAACAAACCCAAGUCCGAGCACAUUGUCUCUGAAUACAUCGAGACCUACUUUGAGGAUCUCAGACAACAGCUGGGUCACAGGCUGCAGCUCAAUGACCUGCUUAUCAAACCUGUUCAGAGGAUCAUGAAGUAUCAGCUACUGCUGAAGGACUUCUUGAAGUAUUACAGCAAAGCUGGGAAGAAUGUGGAGGAGCUGCAGAGAGCAGUGGAGGUGAUGUGUUUUGUGCCAAAACGAUGUAAUGAUAUGAUGAAUGUGGGAAGGCUCCAAGGUUUUGAGGGGAAAAUCACCGCUCAGGGGAAGCUGCUCCAGCAGGAUACCUUCUCCGUCAGCGAGCAGGAAAGUGGCUUCCUGUCCAAAGCGAGGGAGAGGCGGGUCUUCCUGUUUGAGCUGCUGGUCGUCUUCAGUGAGCCAAUUGAUAAGAAAAAGGGUUUCCCUUUGCCGGGGUACACCUUUAAAAACAGCAUCAAGGUAAGCUGCCUUGGUGUGGAGGAGCACUCUGAAGAAGAUCCUUGCUGUCUGGUCCUGACUUCCCGAGGCACUGACGGCAGUGUGACGCGCUUCAUCAUGCAUGCAUCAUCUCCGGAUAUACAGCAGGCUUGGCACAGUGAUGUGGUCCAGAUAUUAGAGACUCAGAGGAACUUCCUUAAUGCUCUUCAAUCUCCAAUAGAAUACCAACGGAGGGAAAGUAAGUCAAACAGCCUGGGCAGGAACAUGAAGUCUCCACCUACACCAGCAUCUGGCCUGUGGCCUCACUCCUCAGCAUCCGUGGACAGGCGUCAGCAGCCCUGCUUGCUGUCUUAUAACACCUCCUUGCCCUCUAUGCAUUCACCCCAGCACAGCCCGGCCUCGCAAACGGUGUCUAACCCUUGUGUGGUAACACUUUGUGCAGCUCACCCCUCGCUUUCCUCCCCCAUGCAGCUCAGUCUGUGCUCAGAGGUGAGACGUGACUGUGGCACAUCCAGUGGCCUGGCUCCCUGCAGCUAUCACAGCCUGCAGGGUGUGCCUGCCAGUUUCCAGACGAUCACAUUUAAGGACGCUGGGACUUAUUCAGCGCAUCAACUAAAUAACUUGGAUCAGCUCAAGGAGAGCGAGCAAUAAUGCGCUGCAGUGUCACAUGAACUCAGUUUACCCUUCUGGAGCUGGAGUACCUCGACUAGGUCUGACUGCCAGGACACUUUGUUCCACUCAUGUACACAAGCUGUCUGAGUCUGCGUGUCUCUGUUUUCACAUAUUGUCUCAUAUUUCCUUUAGGCUUGUAAUGUGGGGACUAUUCUAGUGAAGUUACAGUGGUGUGACUGUAUUCAUUUGAGUGCAUCUGCAUAUACAUUACCAAUCAGCUAUAACAUUAAAAACAAGAUGAACCUAACAAGUCCGAUCAUCUCUUGCAAGGCAAAGAUCUGCUGCCAUUCAUCUGGAUGUUACGCUGAUAUUCACAGACCAUCUAAAUAGUGUUUUGGCAGAGACCCCACUUCCACCUUAUUAGCGAAGGCACUCCUCGAGGGCAGCAGCCUCUUCCAGCUGGACAGCGCUGCAAAAACCGGUCUGGAAAAACAGACCGGUAAAUGGCCUGUAUUUGUAUAGCGAUUUACUAGUCCCUAAGGACCCGAAAGCGCUUUACACAUCCAGUCACCCACCCGUUCACACACUGGUGAUGGCAAGCUACAUUGUAGCCA